AUGCUACUAGCGCGGGUCAGGAUUGGAAAGGCUGUAGAUGGGGCCCAGUUGGCCGAGACGCUUGCUGAAGUACCCCUUGUACAGGAUAAUCCAGCGUGGACCUGCCGCAUCUGGGUCAGGGAUGCAAUUGCGGCGUUGGAAGCUGAUAGGAAGAGUUUAGGAACAAGGGUAACGGAUUGGCAGAGGAUUGAGCAAACCUCGAAUAUCUAUAUCGCGCAAAAGCGACAACAGAGGCGAUAUGAUGGGUCGGGGACAUGGAGGGCUAGUACCGUGCCGACAUAUGAUCUGCUGGAGGAGAAGGAGGUUAUCCCCUGA